UCUCCUGUCUCGUGAUCACCGCCCUCCCAUUCAUGGUGAGAGACAGUUCGUGACCGUGGCUCUUUCACUUCUCGCCACAUACAAUUGACGACAUCAAUCACGUGGCAAAAGACGCGGACGCUUCUUUCUCUUGCGCUGGCUCACUGUCGUUAGCAAGGUCUCCUUUAGGUUACUCUUUUGUAUGCUUGUAGACCCACCCUCAGAGAACCGACCAUAGUGUCCUAGACAUUUCACAUCAUGGGACAAGCAGAAUCAUCAGUGUUCAACUCGCUGGAACGGACAUCUAAUUUCUCCGCCGAGGAGUUGAUGCGGCUGAAAAAGAGGUUCAUGAAAUUGGACAAGGAUGGAUCGGGCUCAAUAGACAAGGACGAGUUCCUACAGAUCCCUCAGAUCGCCAACAAUCCAUUGGCCCACCGCAUGAUUGCUAUAUUUGACGAGGACGGAAGUGGAACGGUCGACUUUCAAGAGUUUGUCGGAGGUCUCAGUGCUUUCUCAAGUAAAGGAGGAAGGGAUGAGAAGCUGCGGUUUGCGUUCAAAGUGUACGACAUGGAUAGAGACGGAUAUAUUUCCAACGGAGAGCUAUACCUGGUUCUCAAGCAAAUGGUGGGAAACAAUCUCAAGGACCAACAACUGCAGCAAAUUGUCGACAAGACAAUUAUGGAAGCUGACAAGGACGGUGAUGGAAAACUGUCCUUUGAAGAAUUCACCAACAUGGUAGCGAGCACAGAUAUCGUCAAACAAAUGACUCUGGAAGACUUGUUCUAAGCAUACGAUAAGUCGACGAUAGAUGAAGAUUAUUCCGGCAUGACCCACCCUCCUUCAGUGAAGCAUGUAUAUGACCACCGCCCCAUGCAUAUGAAACGACAUGUAUGAUCUCCUCUGGCAUGACAUGGCAUAUCCCGUUGAUCCUGACCUUGUCAGAGAUGCAGAGAAAGGGAACAAUUUCUGCGAGACCACCUUUCAUGUCCGAGUCGUUUGCGACUCGGACCUCGGGCGACCUAAGCCUCAGGUAGUCUUAUAAGCUAAUGCAAACAUACUUUUGAUG